AAGUUUAAAACACAAGCAGUCAGUCCUCAAUCAUCUACCCCGAGCUGUCCUUGUUUCCAUAGACAGACAGAAAAGCGAGCGAGCGAGAGAGGUUGCUUCGAAUACGAGGUGUUGUUAUUGGUUUGAUAGUUAAUCAAUCUCCUUCUCUAUCUGUUAUCGGUUUACUGGGAUAGGGUUUUUCUUAUAGAGCUCUCACCGUUUUGCUCUCUUGUAAUCCGAUUCGCGCCCCUUUGAGAGCGUAGGCCUUAGAAUUUGAUUGACAUGGAAAGUUCUGAGGAUGGUGGGACACAUUCUGAACCUCCUGAUCCUGAUGUGCUUGAGGUGGAUCCAACUGGUCGAUAUAUAAGAUACGAGGAGGUGCUUGGAAAAGGUGCUUUCAAGACAGUUUACAAGGCAUUCGAUGAAGUUAAUGGACUUGAAGUAGCAUGGAACCAAGUUCGGAUUGAUGAGGUGUUACAGUCACCUGAAGACUUGGAGAGGCUUUACUCUGAAGUACAUCUCCUGAAGUCGUUGAAGCAUAAUAAUAUUGUAAAAUUUUACAAUUCAUGGAUUGAUGAUAAAAACAAGACUGUUAAUAUUAUAACUGAGUUGUUUACCUCGGGUAACUUGAGACAGUACCGGAAGAAACACAGGAAUGUUGACCUGAAGGCUUUGAAGAGUUGGGCUAGACAGAUUUUGAUGGGUUUGAGCUAUCUUCAUAGUCACAAGCCUCCAAUUAUACAUAGGGAUCUGAAAUGCGAUAAUAUAUUUAUCAAUGGCAACCAAGGGGAAGUUAAAAUUGGAGAUCUUGGUUUGGCAACUGUCAUGGAGCAGGCAAAUGCCAAAAGUGUAAUAGGAACCCCCGAGUUUAUGGCACCUGAGCUGUAUGAUGAGGACUAUAAUGAGUUGGCUGAUAUAUAUUCCUUCGGCAUGUGCAUGCUGGAGAUGGUUACUUUAGAAUAUCCUUACAGUGAAUGUAGGAACUCAGCUCAGAUCUAUAAGAAGGUUUCAUCUCUGAUGCUCCAAUGGCACCGGCGAAGAAGGGGAAGGCCAAGGCCAACUCGUCCGAUUCAAAUCAAUCAAAGCCGUCGGCUCCAAAUACUGGAAACAAUUUUCCGUCGUGUAUUCGGUUCGUGCCUCCAUCCUCCGUCGCCAUCACCAUCCACGCUAAGCCCGGUGCCAAAUCCUCCUCCAUCACAGAUUUCAGUGAUGAAGCGUUAGGGGUGCAAAUAGACGCCCCUGCCAAGGACGGUGAAGCUAACGCCGCUCUCCUCGAUUAUAUUAGUUCUGUACUAGGUGUGAAAAGAAGACAGUUAUCUAUAGGUGCUGGUUCUAAAUCAAGAGACAAAGUGGUGAUUGUAGAGGAGGUAACUUUGAAAGGUGUUUUUGAUGCUUUAGAUAAAGUGUCAAAGGGCUAUUAAUGGGUAAAAGGAGAUGAGAGAUUUAAAUUCUAUCCAUCAACAGUAGAUCUGGUUUUGUUGGUCUCCUGAUACUUGAUGCUGCAUAACUGGCUGGAGUUUGCUUCAUCAGCCCUUGCUAAUUACUGAUAUACUCAAACUUUCGGUAUUGUUUCCUGUGUCUCUUGCAAUUAAUUACUACUUUCUUGUUUUCAAUUGGAAUCUACUUGUAGCUUGCUUUGUGCAUGUAUUUAUUAAAUGAGUGGUGUUUUUGUGUAUUCUCUUGCGAGAAAUUACUAUAAGUAAUUGGGGCUAUAAAGAUUCGACUUUCGAGCCCCUGAUAAGGGUGAGUAGAGUUUAAUAUAGAAACUUGGUUUGGUUUUUUUGACAAUUCAAUUUGAUUUUUUAUUUGAAGAAA